CGUUCCUUAGCCACAGAGCGGCGCAGGCGCACACUUUCUAGUGACCGGCGGGCAACGAUCGCGAUUUUAUAAUAUUAAUAUUUGAUUUUUAUUUCCUUAACCAUUAUAAUAAUGAUGCCUUCGGUGAACUUAUUUGUAAUCUGUUUUGUAAUUCUUUUUUCAAAUGUGUCUCCCAUCGCUGAAAUUGAUCCGGAAGAUGAGGUUCUGCACCUUAUAGGCGAGCCAGACUUUCGCGAUGUCCGAUUGCGUUGGGAGUACGGCGGCAAUGAAGAUGAAGAUUUGCAGAAAUUACUAGCCUUUCAAAUACAUUACUGUGAACUGCAAGCCUGGGGGCAAUACCGAUGUAGAACUAAGGUGGUAGAUAAUUUUGAAGAAGAAAGAUCUUCUAGGAUGACGAUUGAGACGACGACCAACAAGGUCCCAGCCGGUAAACGCGGUCGGACCUACACCACCUAUAUCUCUGGUCUCCGUAUGGCCACCACGUAUUCUUUCGAAGUACGUCCUGUCAAGCGUGAGGCUCGUGAUUUGGCUGACCCGCAAUCUAUUGGAUCUAAAAUCAUCAUUGUACCUACUAAAGGAUUUUCAGCGCGAGCUACCCAGUGCUUGCCUCAUGCUAGUGAAGUCGAGGUUUCCACGGGACCCUUCUUUGGGGGUCGGAUAGCUGUGGAGGCGGCUGACGGUGGACCGGAGAGAUGUUCCCUUCAAGGGAACCCGAACAGCGCCCAAGACGCGUACAUACUAAGGAUUCAUCAUGAGGAGUGCGGUUCGGAAGUCAACGAAACUACCGUCGCGACUUAUGUCAUAGUACAAGAGAACCUGCCGAUUCUAACUCACAGUACCCGCCGUUUUCUGGUGUUAUGCACCUACAAACCGGAGACAUUGACGGUGAGGGCCGGCAUCAACCUGCCAAAGACGAAUCCAGGAGAUGUUCUGUUGGAGACGAAACCACAAGGAAUCGUGGAGCCUUACGAUGACAACAACCUGCAGCCCGCGAGACUUGAAGCCAGGAAGGAAGAAACACAGCAGAGUAUGUUCGGGGAAAUUAUGUUAGUGAUGUUCUUGGUGGCGGCAGCGUUUGGAGGUGUCGCUUUUCUGAUAUGGAAGGUUGUGCCGCAGGCUGGCAAGGAAGACAGCAUCUCCAUAUCAACAUCCUCAACCCUGUCCCGCAGCGGUAUAUUCAGCAGGCGGAACAUAGAUCGAUUCUCCGAUAAGAGUUCCGUAUACUCCAUCACGUUGUCUGAAAAAGACGUUAAGAAAAGCGACGGAGACGAUACCUCGGAGGCCUAGCUACUUUGGAUAGCACCGAUAGCGGUCACGUCCAAAAUGGCUUACUUACGGCAUGGUAUAUAAUUUAGGACGGACACCUUUCCGGUGUGACGUGCAGACGGAUCCUGUGAUUGCGUAUUAUAUAUAGAUAUUUUUAUUUAUCAGCUUAGUCGAUAAUGAAACACUGAAUAAUACCUAAAUAUAUCAGCAUCCGAUCUGUGAGAGCCCGGAUAGACUGCCCUUAAUUAACAGACUGUUCACAUAUCUGGUUAGUUAAUUUGAAUAGACUGUUCCUUAAAUAGCCUUGCUUACGUCGGUACCGACCGUUUUAAGUCAUGCGAUACGAUUAUAACUUAAAAUUUAACUAUACAACUCAUACUAAGCUCUCAUCCGCGGUACUGUUAAAAAUAUUUAUUAACUAUAAUUAAGAUAAGAGUGAUUUUAAUUUAUAAGUUGUAUAUACUUAGAAUAAUGUUUUGCCAUCCGGCCAGUAUUAAAAACGUAUCCUUGUAGUCUCCAUACGAGUGUAAUAAAAGACUUUAUGAAUA